AUGGACAUUGUGGCUUUUGUCCUUCAGCUCCUUAAAGUGGUGAGGCAGAUGAUGGCCAACGGACGCAUGCUGCCCUCCCCUGAGACCUCUGUGUUCCAUGUUAUCAUUGGUGCUGAGCAGCCUUUCACCUGGCCUGUCCCACCUGCCCCCCCCCCGCCCCCGCAUUGUCCCUGUGACUUGGCAAAUGUGAACGAGAAUGUGUGGGAGUGUGUGUAUGGGGCUGCAGCCUUCCCAUCAUCCCCCUCUGGGCCUCCACCUGCUGUGACCCCCUUUGUUCCUGCCAUGGUGAUGUGGUACCAGGACCAGGGCCCCGGGGUCCUGCUCAGGUCCUGGCGAGUGCGGCACCCACCCGUGAUUCCUGCCAGAAAGAAGUUCCACAAGACUGAGAUCCCGUGGAACCACCAGCCCCACUUCCAGGCUCCCCAUGGUGCCCCCAGCCCUCCUGAGGGAUGCCCUUCAUUCUGUUUCCAGAAUGCUUCCCCCGCACGGACGUCUCCAGCCCGGGCAUCCCCUUCCAGGUCAGCAUCCGGCAGGUCAUUGUCCGCCAGGUCAGCCUCCACGGCCUCCUCUCCGACGAGAGUGUACCUUGUUAGAGCAACACCAGUGGGGGCCGUGCCCAUCCGGGCAUCUCCUGCCAGGUCGGCCCCGGCCACCAGGGAGAGCCCAGGUGUCAGCUUGCCCAAGUUCACCUGGCAGGAGGGCCAGAAGCGGCUGCCACUCAUCGGAUGUAUCCUCCUCCUCAUCGCCCUCGUGGUGUCGCUCAUCAUCCUCUUCUACUUCUGGCGGGGCCACACAGGAAUCAAGUACAAGGAGCCAGUGGAGAGCUGCCCCAUACAUGCCGUGCGCUGUGAUGGGGUCGUGGACUGUAAGCUGAGAAGUGAUGAGCUGGGCUGUGUGAGGUUCGAUUGGAACAAGUCUCUGCUUAAAGUCUACUCUGGAUCCUCCCAUCAGUGGCUUCCCAUCUGCAGUGACAGCUGGAACGACUCCUACUCAGAGAAGACGUGCCAGCAGCUGGGUUUCAUGAGUGCUUACCGGACAACCGAGGUGGCCCACAGGGAUCUCACCAGCAGCCUCUCAAUCUCCAAAUACAACUCUACCCUCCAGGAAAGCCUCUACAGGUCUGAAUGCCCUUCCCAGCAGUAUGUCUCUCUCCAGUGUUCCCACUGUGGACUGAGGGCCAUGACCGGGCGGAUCGUGGGAGGGGCGCUGGCCCCAGAGAGCAAGUGGCCUUGGCAAGUGAGUCUGCAGUAUGGCACCACGCACAUCUGCGGGGGCACGCUGAUCGACGCCCAGUGGGUGCUCACCGCCGCUCACUGCUUCUUUGUGACCCGGGAGAAGAUCCUGGAGGGCUGGAAGGUCUACGCGGGUACCAGCAACCUGCUCCAGCUGCCUGCGGCGGCCUCCAUCUCCCAGAUCAUCAUCAAUGGCAACUACACGGACGAGGAGGACGACUAUGACAUUGCCCUCAUGCGGCUCUCCAAGCCCCUGACCCUGUCUGCUCAUGUCCACCCUGCCUGCCUCCCUAUGCAUGGACAGACCUUCAGCCUCAAUGAGACCUGCUGGAUCACAGGCUUUGGCAAGACCAAGGAGACAGAUGAGAAGACAUCCCCCUUCCUCCGGGAGGUGCAGGUCAACCUCAUUGACUUUAAGAAAUGCAAUGACUUCUUGGUCUAUGACAGUUACCUUACCCCAAGGAUGAUGUGUGCUGGGGACCUUCGGGGAGGCAGAGACUCCUGCCAGGGAGACAGCGGGGGGCCCCUGGUCUGUGAGCAGAACAGUCGUUGGUACCUGGCAGGAGUCACUAGCUGGGGCACGGGCUGUGGCCAGAGGAACAAGCCCGGUGUGUAUACCAAAGUGACAGAAGUCCUCCCCUGGAUCUACAGCAAGAUGGAGAGUGAGGUGCGCUUCCGGAAAUCCUAAGCAGCUGUCCUGUCCCACCUCACAGCCCUGGCUGCGUAAAGACUCUGGCCAAAGUGACUGGGCCAUUUGCAGUGUCAUCUGGACCAAAGGUUCCGAGGCACCUGCGUCACUCCCACCUCCGCUGUCUACUGCCUCUGUGAAUGUGCACGUGUGUGUGUGUGUGUGUGUGUGUGUGUGUGUGUGUGUGUAGUUGCUCUCCCAAGGUUUUCCAGAAACCAGGAGAGCUGUCAGCCCUUUCCAAACCCCAGGCUGGAAAGCACCUGGAGAUAACAGUUUGGGCGCUGUGGACCUUCCUGUAAGGGCGUCCGUCACGGAUGGAGGAGGUUGAGCCCAGACAGCGCCCAGAGGAAGGGCCUAGAAGAUCACAUCAGAAAUUCCUGCUCCUCGGGCCCUGGCUCAGAGACUAGCCCAGACUGAGAAGCCACCAGCAUCGCCGCCGUCCUGGGAUGGAUUGCGGGUGUCGUCGGAGUACCGGGGCCGUCCUCGGCGGGAAGGUGCCCCCCCUCGGCAUUACAAGCAUCCUGCCCUUUCUCAGGCCUCCUGCGGGUGCCCUGGGUGUGGAGGGCUGACUGAGCGGUGGCUGCCCAGGCUGACAGCUGGCCUUGUGUGGUCACAGGCUACUGGGGCAGAUUUUUAUUGUAUUUUUAUAUUCAAGAAAUGGAAGUGGAUGUAUUUUUAAAGAUUCUCCAAAACUUCGAGGAGCCUGAAGAGCUAACAUCCAUCACCCCAAACACUCCAAGAGACUCUUGGGGGCUGUACCAUUCCAGAGUCCUGCUGAGUGUUCCUGACAUCCAGGGACCCGAGGAAGGAGCCCCUUCGGCGCGCUUAGGGAACUGCGUGCUCGCGUGGGCUGGCGGGCAGGUCAUCACAGAGAGCCACGACUGUCGCUGCAUCCAAGGGCUACACCCAGGGCGUGAAGAAAUGGCUGCUGCUGCUUCUCCGUGGGCAUCGGAGCCCGGGGACAGUCCAGGUGGACAGAUACCCCUCACACCCAGCGCUGUCCCGGACCUGCCAGUUUCUCUCAGCCCCUCCGCCUUUCAGUUUCUCAGCUGCUUCAGAAACAGCACGGACACGAACGCCGCCAUCGAGAGAGGGUGGACACUGUCCCCAGGCCCUCCAGAUAGCCGUCGUGAAGGAUCUGAGUUGCUGUGCUCCUGUAAGUUGUCAGUGUGCCUGGCCUCCGUGUCAGCUCGAGGUCUGGGCCUCCCUCAGCCUUUCCUGGCCCGUCCAGUUCUCCUCACGUUCCUGGGUCUCGCCUGGUGAUACUAGGACUCCCAGAGGCAGGGUCCAAGCAGGGCAGCCCAGCCCAGCUCAGGCAGGUGGCUGCCCGGGGGCUAGAAUGCCCAGGAAGAGCAAGGCUGGGCAGAGCCGGAGGGGGCUGGUUGCACGCUAUAGAGGCCGGGGGUCCGGGAGGGCAACGUUCAUGUCCACGGCAUCCCCAGCAAUAGUUUUCAGCAAUAAAAGUUGUGUGACCCGAAAAAUGUCUUAUUGGAUGUUCUAGGGAUCCCCUACGUAGAAAAUUGAGAUUCCCCAACCAGUGCCCAGACAGCCUCAGUUUGGGUUCUUAGUUUGGGUUCCUCUGCUGUGGAUUCUGCAUAUAUAUUUAGCCAGCCGGCCACCUCCCCACCAUAUCAGCACCUCCUCUGUCCUGGGUACCCACGCCAGGCCCCCGGAGUACAAAGAUGAUGACAGUGUCCUCAGGAACUCUUGGUUGUGACCCGGUGGAAGGUGGAUGAGUGUGGACGCCAUGCUUGGAAGC